CAGGUGGCAGCAAAGAGCGUUCAGCUGUUCUUCUCUAUGGAAAAAAAGGGCGCUCUGGUUAUGACGUCAUUAGAAAGCGCCGGAAGCGCCAAGCAGGAGGUAGAGUGGCCGUGGGUGAAACCUUGUGAGUGUAGACGCACCAAGAGCUGAGAAUCCGUCCUCUUUCAGUCCAUCUCCAUGAAUAUUCUCUUCGCAUGAAGCCAUGACGACUCAGUACAGUAUUCUCUUCAAGCAAGAACAAGCACACGACGAUGCCAUUUGGUCUGUCGCUUGGGGGAGAAACCGGAGUGAUGGGACGGAGACGGUUAUUUCAGGAUCUCUGGAUGAUUUAGUGAAAGUCUGGACAUGGAACGAGGAGAAGCUGGACCUGAAGUGGACCCUGGAAGGCCAUCAGCUGGGAGUGGUUUCGGUGGACAUCAGCCACACCGGCACCGUGGCAGCGUCCAGUUCCUUAGACGCACACAUCCGCAUUUGGGACUUGGACUCCGGCAAACAGAUCAGGUCCAUCGACGCAGGGCCAGUCGAUGCCUGGUCGCUGGCUUUUUCACCCGAUUCCCAGUAUGUUGCAACUGGGAGCCACAUCGGGAAAGUCAACAUUUUUGGGGUUGAGACUGGGAAGAAGGAAUAUUCCUUGGACACCAGGGGCAAAUUCAUCCUCAGUAUUGCAUACAGCCCAGACGGAAAAUAUUUAGCCAGUGGUGCCAUCGAUGGCAUUAUCAAUAUUUUUGAUAUUGCAACCGGAAAGCUUCUGCAUACGCUAGAAGGCCACGCCAUGCCAAUCCGCUCCUUAACAUUUUCCCCUGACUCUCAGUUGCUGGUCACAGCUUCAGACGAUGGCUACAUCAAGAUUUAUGAUGUGCAACAUGCAAACCUGGCAGGUACGCUGAGCGGCCACGCAUCCUGGGUAUUAAACGUUGCCUUUUGUCCUGACAACAGCCACUUCGUUUCCAGUUCCUCAGACAAAACCGUCAAAGUGUGGGACGUGCCUUCAAGAACCUGUGUCCAUACCUUCUUCGAUCAUCAAGACCAGGUCUGGGGAGUACAAUACAAUGGGAACGGCUCCAAAAUAGUCUCCGUGGGCGACGACCAAGAAAUCCAUGUUUACGACUGUCCCGUUUAAUAGUUCCGGUUUGAAGACUGUGUAUGUAGCUUUCUUCACAAGUGUCUAUUUUCAUAAUUCAACAUUAUUUUAGAUUUUGUGUUCGGGAAUUUCGCUGUUUUAUGUUAUAAACCAAAUGCUUACCGUAUUAAGAUGCAGUUGGUUUUUUUCCCCCCAAUUAAAAAUUAAAUAAUG